AUGGACGAGUUUGACGCCGUGUGGACCUUACACAGAGCCACAGAGCUGGCAGAAGGCUGUUUUACUGGACUCCAUGAAGCUGAUGGCGUAAGUGUGAGCCUCAAGAAGCAACACAAAGCAAGCAAUAGUAUAAAAACGGAAUCUGGUAUGCACUUACAAGUAUCAGAUGGAGGUGGCGACGGCGGUGACGGAGGCGUAGGUAUAGGAAUCGGAAUCGGUGGAGAUGGCGGCGAUGGAGGCAGCGGAGGUGACGGCGGAGCUGGCACAGGAGUUGGGAUAGGUGGUUCCGGUGGUGAUGGUGGACUGAACGGCGACGGUGGUGAUGGAGGACCUGGUAUAGGAAUCGGAAUCGGAGGUCCAGGUGGAAAUGGCGGCAAAAGAGGCAGAGGAGGCAACGGCGGAGCCGGCACAGGAGUUGGAGUAGGUGGUUCUGGUGGUGAUGGUGGACUGAAUGGCGACGGUGGUGAUGGAGGACCUGGCAUAGGGGUCGGAAUUGGAGGUCCAGGUGGAGAUGGCGGCAAUGGAGGCAGCGGAGGCGACGGCGGAGCCGGCACAGGAGUUGGAGUAGGUGGUUCUGGUGGUGAUGGUGGACUAAAUGGUGACGGCGGUGAUGGAGGACCUGGUAUAGGCGUCGGAAUCGGAGGUCCAGGUGGAGAUGCCGGCAAUGGAGGCAGCGGAGGAGACGGCGGAGCCGGCACAGGAGUGGGAGUAGGUGGCUCCGGUGGUGAUGGCGGACUGAAUGGCAAUGGUGGUGAUGGAGGAGCUGGUAUAGGGGUCGGAAUCGGAGGUCCAGGUGGAGAUGCCGGCAAUGGAGGCAGCGGAGGAGACGGCGGAGCCGGCACAGGAGUGGGAGUAGGUGGUUCUGGUGGCGACGGUGGACUGAAUGGCGACGGCGGUGAUGGAGGAGCUGGUAUAGGGGUCGGAAUCGGAGGUCCUGGUGGAGAUGGCGGCAGCGGAGGCAGCGGAGGCGACGGCGGAGCCGGCAUAGGAGUUGGAGUAGGUGGUUCUGGUGGUGACGGUGGACUGAAUGGCAAUGGUGGUGACGGAGGAGCUGGUAUAGGGGUCGGAAUCGGAGGUCCAGGCGGAGAUGGCGGCAGCGGAGGCGACGGCGGAGCCGGCAUAGGAGUUGGAGUAGGUGGUUCUGGUGGUGAUGGUGGACUGAAUGGCGAUGGUGGUGAUGGAGGAGCUGGUAUAGGGGUCGGAAUCGGAGGACCAGGUGGAGAUGCCGGCAAUGGAGGCAGUGGAGGAGACGGCGGAGACGGCACAGGAGUUGGAGUAGGCGGCUCCGGUGGUGAUGGCGGACUGAAUGGCAAUGGUGGUGACGGAGGAGCUGGUAUAGGGGUCGGAAUCGGAGGUCCAGGUGGAGAUGCCGGCAAUGGAGGCAGUGGAGGAGACGGCGGAGACGGCACAGGAGUUGGAGUAGGCGGCUCCGGUGGUGAUGGCGGACUGAAUGGCAAUGGUGGUGACGGAGGAGCUGGUAUAGGGGUCGGGAUCGGAGGUCCAGGUGGAGAUGGCGGCAGCGGAGGCAGCGGAGGCGACGGCGGAGCCGGCAUAGGAGUUGGAGUAGGUGGUUCUGGUGGUGAUGGUGGACUGAAUGGCGAUGGUGGUGAUGGAGGAGCUGGUAUAGGGGUCGGAAUCGGAGGACCAGGUGGAGAUGCCGGCAAUGGAGGCAGUGGAGGAGACGGCGGAGCCGGCACAGGAGUUGGAGUAGGCGGCUCCGGUGGUGAUGGCGGACUGAAUGGCAAUGGUGGUGACGGAGGAGCUGGUAUAGGGGUCGGAAUCGGAGGUCCAGGUGGAGAUGCCGGCAAUGGAGGCAGUGGAGGAGACGGCGGAGCCGGCACAGGAGUUGGAGUAGGCGGCUCCGGUGGUGAUGGCGGACUGAAUGGCAAUGGUGGUGACGGAGGAGCUGGUAUAGGGGUCGGAAUCGGAGGUCCAGGUGGAGAUGGCGGCAGCGGAGGCAGCGGAGGCGACGGCGGAGCCGGCACAGGAGUUGGAGUAGGAGGAUCCGGUGGUGACGGAGGAUUUACUGGCAAUGGCGGAAAUGGAGGCCCUGGAACGGGAGUUGGAGUAGGAGGAUCAGGUGGUAAUGGAGGCCUUUUCGGUAGCGGCGGAAGUGGAGGAUCCGGCACGGGAGUUGGUGUGGGAGGAUCCGGUGGUAACGGCGGAUUUAGUGGCAACGGCGGAAAUGGAGGCGCUGGAACAGGAGUUGGAGUAGGAGGAUCAGGUGGUAAUGGAGGCCUUUUCGGUAGCGGCGGAAGUGGAGGAUCCGGCACGGGAGUUGGUGUGGGAGGAUCCGGUGGUAACGGAGGAUUUGCUGGCAAUGGCGGAAAUGGAGGCGCUGGAACAGGAGUUGGAGUAGGAGGAUCAGGUGGUAAUGGAGGCCUUUUCGGUAGCGGCGGAAGUGGAGGAUCCGGCACGGGAGUUGGUGUGGGAGGAUCCGGUGGUAACGGAGGAUUUGCUGGCAAUGGCGGAAAUGGAGGCGCUGGAACAGGAGUUGGAGUAGGAGGAUCAGGUGGUAAUGGAGGCCUUUUCGGUAGCGGCGGAAGUGGAGGAUCCGGCACGGGAGUUGGUGUGGGAGGAUCCGGUGGUAACGGAGGAUUUGCUGGCAAUGGCGGAAAUGGAGGCGCUGGAACAGGAGUUGGAGUAGGAGGAUCAGGUGGUAAUGGAGGCCUUUUCGGUAGCGGCGGAAGUGGAGGAUCCGGCACUGGAGUUGGUGUGGGAGGAUCCGGUGGUAACGGCGGAUUUAGUGGCAACGGCGGAAAUGGAGGCGCUGGAACAGGAGUUGGAGUAGGAGGAUCAGGUGGUAAUGGAGGCCUUUUCGGUAGCGGCGGAAGUGGAGGAUCCGGCACGGGAGUUGGUGUGGGAGGAUCCGGUGGUAACGGAGGAUUUGCUGGCAAUGGCGGAAAUGGAGGCGCUGGAACAGGAGUUGGAGUAGGAGGAUCAGGUGGUAAUGGAGGCCUUUUCGGUAGCGGCGGAAGUGGAGGAUCCGGCACGGGAGUUGGUGUGGGAGGAUCCGGUGGUAACGGAGGAUUUGCUGGCAAUGGCGGAAAUGGAGGCGCUGGAACAGGAGUUGGAGUAGGAGGAUCAGGUGGUAAUGGAGGCCUUUUCGGUAGCGGCGGAAGUGGAGGAUCCGGCACUGGAGUUGGUGUGGGAGGAUCCGGUGGUAACGGCGGAUUUAGUGGCAACGGCGGAAAUGGAGGCGCUGGAACAGGAGUUGGAGUAGGAGGAUCAGGUGGUAAUGGAGGCCUUUUCGGUAGCGGCGGAAGUGGAGGAUCCGGCACGGGAGUUGGUGUGGGAGGAUCCGGUGGUAACGGAGGAUUUGCUGGCAAUGGCGGAAAUGGAGGCGCUGGAACAGGAGUUGGAGUAGGAGGAUCAGGUGGUAAUGGAGGCCUUUUCGGUAGCGGCGGAAGUGGAGGAUCCGGCACGGGAGUUGGUGUGGGAGGAUCCGGUGGUAACGGAGGAUUUGCUGGCAAUGGCGGAAAUGGAGGCGCUGGAACAGGAGUUGGAGUAGGAGGAUCAGGUGGCAAUGGAGGCUUUUUCGGUAACGGCGGAAAUGGAGGAGCCGGCACGGGAGUUGGUGUGGGAGGAUCCGGUGGUGAUGGAGUGUUUAUCGGCAACGGCGGAAAUGGAGGAACUGGAACGGGAGUUGGAGUAGGAGGAUCAGGUGGCAAUGGAGGCCUUUUCGGUAACGGCGGAAAUGGAGGAGCCGGCACGGGAGUUGGUGUGGGAGGAUCCGGUGGUGAUGGAGUGUUUGUCGGCAACGGCGGAAAUGGAGGAACUGGAACGGGAGUUGGAGUAGGAGGAUCAGGUGGCAAUGGAGGCGUUUUCGGUAACGGCGGAAAUGGAGGAGCCGGCACGGGAGUUGGUGUGGGAGGAUCCGGUGGUGAUGGAGUGUUUAUCGGCAACGGCGGAAAUGGAGGAACUGGAACGGGAGUUGGAGUAGGAGGAUCAGGUGGCAAUGGAGGCUUUUUCGGUAACGGCGGAAAUGGAGGAGCCGGCACGGGAGUUGGUGUGGGAGGAUCCGGAGGUGAUGGAGUGUUUAUCGGCAACGGCGGAAAUGGAGGAACUGGAACGGGAGUUGGAGUAGGAGGAUCAGGUGGCAAUGGAGGUCGUUUCGGUAACGGAGGAAAUGGAGGAGCCGGCUUCGGACUUGGAAUAGGAGGAGCAGGAGGCAAAGGCGGAAGAACAAUUGUUAUCCCUGGUUGA